GUCAAUAAUAUGUAAAUUAGAGGAGAAAAAUUUCAGAGUUUAAAAGUUCAAAAUCUUCUGCUCACCGAAUGAGAAAAGAUUUCUUCCAGGAAUUUAAUAAGAGUUUAGAUGACUUUUUACCUUCUCAAAUGGUCAUUUUUCAACUAAAUUAAACAACAAGGUUAUAAACCAUUUUGAAGACCCAAAAAGGGUCAUUUAUCAAAAUUUCUCUUCUUUUCUUGAGUGAUCGCUCAACUCUUGCCAAUGGCAGCCUCCAUGCUUUUCGUCUUCUCCAUAUUCUCAGUCCUAUUAUUCAACGGAAUCACGGCAGAGCCACCGCUUCUGAACGACGGCUCUCCGGAGGUUGCAGAUUCGCCGAUAAGACUCCAACUCCAACUUCGGUUGCUGGAGACCAAGGUUUACCUUCUAGAAUCAAGCAUUGAUGAGAAAAACCGUGAACUGAGGAAAAAGGAUGAAAAAAUUAGGCAGAUGGAGGAGAUUAUUCAAGGGAAAUCAAACAGCAAUGCAUUUUUCCAAAGUGAGACAGAGGCUGUCCAGAUCCAUGGAGGAUGGCUUUCAGUUCUACAUUCAGUUGCAGUUCAUAUAAGCCAUUUUCAGUCAUACAUAGUGACUUACUGGAAUGAGUGCGGGAGACCAGCCUUGGAUGUGGCAAUUGAAAAGGCAUUAGAAAUGAAAGCUCAGGUUAAUAGUUCGGCUCGGCUCAGCAUUGAAACAAUCAAAUCCACAUGGAUACCAGGUUUGAAGAAACAAUCUUUAGAAAUUGUAGCCUAUCUUGAACCAAAUAUUCAAUUAGUCACUGCAAAAACUGUUGAUAUCUACCAUGCGUCAAAGAGUUCUGUAGCACCAUUUGUUUUCAAGGCACAAGAAAUGGCAAAUCCUCACAUUCAGGUAGCUAAGAAGUUUACGGAGCCAUACAUAGCUCAGCUUAUGAUGGUGAUAGAUGAGGCUACAAUGGUGACAAGAACCCAUUUAGCUAACAUACACGUUGCCUUGAAGCCAUAUACAAAGCAAGUACUCCACGCAUGCAGAAAAUUCAUCAAAUCUGCAACUUUUUACCAUCAUGAGGUCCAAGAAAUGCUCAAAAACAAUACGUUGACGCAAUCACUUGCAACUAUCGAACUGGCAUGGCUUCUGGCCACUGCUUUACUGGCCCUGCCUGCAGUUCUUAUGUUUAAGUUGACUUCCGUUAUUUUCAGAAAAAAAGGCAAAUAAGCGUAUUCAUAGAUCCUAUGCAUAUCAUACACGCUGCAAGCUCAAGUGUACGUGCUCAUCCUGACAAGUGAAGGGUACAUGAGGUAAUUGGAUGCUUUUGCAACGUUUGCAAAAUUCUACUUAUAUAUGUCUAUCGGAGAUCAAUUAUGAAUUCUAAUGGGAAUUCUUCGAUGCCAUACUUA